AUGCUUGCAAUAACGCCUCCCCCCAUCAGUAAUCGGCCCGUCUCUUCCCCUCCGAUCCUUCCGUUCUCUGCAAAUCCGAUCACUCUCCGUUUCCGCACUCCGCAGAAAACUAUGGAUACUACGGAUCGUAGAUACUUGGAGGAAGAAGAUUCUUCAAUGACAAAGAUGAUGAAGGGUACUGCUACUGGUUUGGCAGCUGGAACAAUUUGGGGCACCAUUGUUGCUACAUGGUUGGAUGUUCCUCGUGUUGAGAGAAAUGUUGCUUUACCUGGUUUGAUCAGGACAUUAAGGAUGAUGGGUACCCAUGGGUUGACUUUUGCUGCCAUUGGUGGGGUCUACAUUGGUGUUGAGCAAUUGACACAGAAUUACAGAAUGAAGAGAGACUUUGUUAAUGGAGCAGUUGGAGGUUUUGUUGCUGGUGCUGCCAUUAUUGGUUUUAAAGGUAAGAGCAUUUCAACAGCACUAUCCGCCGGAGCUGCACUUGCUGCCACUUCUGCCGCCAUUGAUGUUGGUGGUCAGACAACUAGAAUGGAUACCGGAAAGGAGUAUUAUCCUUAUACUACCAAGAAAAGGGUUGAUGCCAAUUGAGUGGGACCCUGUUAUGAAGGAGGAGGUUGCUGUUUUCUUUUUUUUACUAUUAUUGUGAUAAAUGAUUGCUUUUGGAUAUUUGAUUUUGGUGUAUGUUUUGUUUUUGUUUAAUCAAAGUUUACAAAGUCAAGACAGUUUGCUGAAAUAAAUUUACAGCAAUUUUCUGUACUCAAUAAGAAUUAUGCACAUUCUGAUUCCAA